AAUUUUGAGAGAGAGCUAAAUGUAUCUUUAAAUAAGAAUAAUAAUAAUAAUAAAAAUAAUAACCCAAACCCUAGAGAAAAUUUAAACUUUCUUAUCCCAAAAUUUUCUUGGCUGUAACUUCUUUUUCCUGGGUCAUGGAAAUUUCAACCAUACCGGAAAAUUCUGGCUCUGCCGCCGGCAACCGAGGGAAUGAGGAAGGUCGCGGUGAAGAAGGCGACAAGUACUUAAUUGGUAGCCGGUGGCCACAGCAAGAAACUUUGGCUUUGUUGACGAUAAGGUCUGAUAUGGACGCUGCAUUUAGGGAGGCCGGACUCAAGGCUCCUCUUUGGGAUGAGGUUUCCAGGAAAUUAAGUGAGCUUGGAUAUAACCGAAGUGCCAAGAAAUGCAAGGAGAAGUUUGAGAAUAUUUACAAGUACCAUAGAAGAACAAAAGAAGGUAGAUCCGGCAAGUCAAAUGGCAAGACAUAUAGGUUUUUUGAGCAAUUAGAAGCUCUAGAGAACAGCCACGUAUUGUUGUCAUCUCCAUCCCCGGAUAAAGUUCACACUUCCAUGGCUGCAGACUCAGUAAACCCAGUAAAUGUUAAUACAAACACUCUUCCAAAUUCUAUCCAGAGUCCUUGUAUGAAUUUUGCUGAGAACCCUUCUACUUCAACCACGUCUACAUCGAGCGAAGAAUCGGAAGGAACAAGGAAGAAAAAAAGGAAAUUGACAGACUUUUUUGAGCGGUUGAUGAAGGAAGUCAUUGAGAAGCAAGAGAAUUUGCAAAGGAAGUUUCUAGAUGCAAUAGAGAAGUGUGAAAAAGAUAGGGUGGCGAGAGAGGAAGCAUGGAAGAUGCAAGAAUUGGAAAGGAUUAAGAGAGAACGUGAGCUUUUAAUGCAGGAAAGAUCAAUAGCAGCUGCAAAAGAUGCAGCUGUUCUUUCCUUCUUACAGAAGUUCUCAGAGCAAGCUAGCUCAGUGCAAUUGUCUGAGAAUCAAGUACAUCCAGUGCAAUUGUCUGAGAACGAAGUAGCUCCCGUAGAAAAAGUAGUAAAGGCAAAGGAAAAUAAUAAUCUUGAGAAUUUUGCUCAUAUGAGCUCAUCGAGAUGGCCUAAAGACGAAAUUGAAGCUUUGAUUAGGCUAAGGACUACCCUUGAUAUGCAAUAUCAAGAGAAUGGACCCAAAGGGCCUUUGUGGGAGGAGAUAUCAGCAGCAAUGAAAAAGCUUGGCUAUAAUAGAAAUGCGAAGAGGUGCAAAGAGAAAUGGGAGAAUAUGAACAAGUACUUCAAGAGGGUAAGAGAGAGCAAUAAGAAAAGGCCUGAUGAUUCAAAGACUUGUCCUUAUUUUCACCAGCUUGAUGUUCUAUAUAACAAGAAGACUAGAAAAGUUGAUAAUUCAGUUAAUUCUGGUCAUGAGUUGAAGCCCGAAGAACUUCUAAUGCAUAUGGUGGAUAGCCAAGAAGAACGACAACAACAAGAAUCAGCAACAACAGAGGAUGGAGAAAGCGAAAAUGUUGACCAGAAUCAAGAAGGGGAUAGAGAAAAUGAUGAUGAAGAUGCUUAUCAAAUUGUUGCUAAUGACCCUUCUGCAGUGGCUAUGAUGGAGUGAAUAGACCCAAAAAAAAAAAAGUAGCUAUUUUUGAAGGGCUAUUCUUGGUCUGCCUUGUUCCCAGAUGCAGGUCAAAGUCAUUGCAGAGACUGUUGAUGGUUUUGUAAUCAUAUUCAAAAGUUGAAGAGAUUAUUAUGAACCUACAAGAAGGCAUCUCAUGGAACAUGAAAUCUAUGUAUAUGUAUAUGGUAAUUAUUUGUUGAAUAAAUGUAUCAAAUAGAGAGGGAGGGAGCAGAAUUAGAAUAAGCAGGUUGAUAUGUAACAUAUAUUAUACUUUCUUUUUCGUCACACGUGUAAAAGUAAGAAAUGUUUGGUUAUUUUUUCAUCAA